AUGUUCACCAGACAUCUUGCGAGGUUUAUCAGUAGUUUUAGACCUGUAAAAGUAUCUUACCAAGAGCUUCUAAGUGAUGCGAAUAUUGAUAGCAAAAUAGAAGAAGGGUAUGGAGCAAAUGGCUUAGGAAUUAUCACUGUGGAAAAUAUUCCUGGUUACCAAGAAAAGCGAAUGGCCCUUUUACCCUAUGCCCGACAUCUCGCAUUGCUUCCUGAUGCAGAAAAGCAGAAGUUGGAACUUCCUGAAAUAAAAUAUACAGUUGGAUGGAGCCAUGGAAAAGAGUUUUAUGAAGGAACUCCUGAUUUCUCUAACCCUUAUAAAGAUAUCAAAUUUUUUGUUAUUUAAAAAAUAAUAAAAAUUAUUAUUCAAGUUUUUUCAUUAAAAGGAGAAAGGCUCUUUUUAUGCAAAUCCAGAGGUCGAUAAAGCUCCAAAAUACCAAGGAGCAUUUCAUGACAAUGUCUGGCCUCAAACUUUGCCAGGACUUAGAACUGCUUUUAGAGAGCUUGGACAGGAAAUAAUGAGAGUCGGAGCUCUAUUGGCAAAGCAUUUAGACAAAUAUGUGUUAGCCCGUUAUAGCGAUUAUCAGCCUGGAUUGUUAGAAGAUAUAAUUAAAAAUCACAAAAGUUCAGUUGGGAGACUUCUUCAUUAUUUCCCUCAAGUAGGGUCCACCCAUGAGUGGUGCGGCUGGCAUAAUGACCAUUCUUCCCUUACAGGUCUGACAUGCCCUUUAUAUAUUAACCAAAUUACUGGUGAAGUUAUCUCUCCAAAUGAGCUUCCAGACCAGCAGACUGGACUUUUCAUAAGAAAUCGGAAAGGAGAAAUCCUUAAGGCUCAGCUAACGAGUGAUUUAUUGCUAUUCCAAAUAGCAGAGACGUCUCAAAUUCUUUCAAACGGACAUCUUCAGGCUACUCCCCAUUCUGUUUUAACCGGAGGAAGUUUCGCUGAUAUCUCCAGAAACACCUUUGCAGUUUUCAUGGAGCCAAGACCUGAUUUAAACUUAAGAGUUCCUGAUGACUAUUCCAAAAUUUUUAUAGAACAUGAAGGAAUUCCAUCCCUAACUCCCCCCCCCUUUAAAAUUGAAACAAAAUAUAGGUAAAAUUCCUAAUUUUUUGGGGGAAAUUACCCCCCCUUUAAAUUGAAACAAAACUUAUUAUAAUAGAAAAUUUUAUAGGUAAAAAUCAUUAUUUUAUAUGUAAAUACGUUAAUACCCUAUUUAAUAUGCUUCAAACAUAUAAGAUUUAGAAAUUAAACUCUAUUUUGUCCAAUUGUUAUGGGGAGAGUUAGAAGAAGAAUACCAUUUCAGCAAGUUUACACUUUGAGAUUGAGAAAAAUUUAUGAAUUAAUUUUUCAUGAAAUUCUUUAAAUUUAUAUAAUUUAUUUUCUAUAAAAUUUUAUCUCUGAAAAAAAUUUUUAUAUAUAAAUUUUUUUUAUAAAAAAAAAUUUUCUUAACCCCCUUUAAAUUGAAACAAAAUUUUUUGUUUCAAUUUAAAGGGGGGGGGGAGUAAGAUCUCGCUUCUCAAAAGGCAUGACUUUUGGUGACUUCCAUAACGCAACAAUUGCACAUUUUAACUAA